GUGUGGUGGCAACAGUGUCUCUCAGUCGGGGUCUAGCUAGUGGUGUACGUGGAGGCUGCAGCUGGUGACAGUGUAAAUGUGCUCCAGAAAGAAUUUGAAUUGAAUUAGAGAAGGUUAUUUAUAGUCGUUUCAAGAUGCCUAAGCCCGAUUUCCACACGGUGGAAUUGAACAAGACGGAAUGGGAGGUGCCUAAGAGAUACACAAUGCUGUCUCCCGUGGGGUCGGGGGCGUACGGACAAGUUUGUUCAGCUAAUGACUCUAAAACAAAUACCAAAGUAGCUAUAAAGAAAUUGGCUCGGCCCUUCCAGACACAUAUUCAUGCUAAGAGAACAUAUCGGGAGCUUCGCAUGUUGAAACACAUGGACCAUGAAAAUAUAAUCGGCCUCCUGGACGUCUUCACCCCGUCUAACAACUAUGAGAACUUCCAGGACGUAUACUUAGUAACAUCUCUAAUGGGAGCUGACCUCAAUAACAUCGUCAAAACACAGAAACUCACAGACGACCACGUUCAGUUUCUCAUAUACCAAGUACUCCGCGGCCUCAAAUACAUUCAUUCAGCCGGUAUCAUACACAGGGACUUGAAGCCAAGUAACAUAGCAGUAAAUGAGGACUGUGAGCUGAAAAUCCUAGACUUUGGUUUGGCAAGACCCACAGAAUCGGAGAUGACGGGUUACGUAGCCACCAGAUGGUACCGGGCACCAGAGAUUAUGCUUAACUGGAUGCACUAUAACCAGACAGUGGACAUAUGGUCGGUGGGGUGCAUAAUGGCCGAGCUUCUAACGGGGCGAACACUCUUUCCUGGCGCCGAUCAUAUCCAGCAGCUUAAUCUUAUCAUGGAGCUGUUGGGGACGCCACCACAGGAGUACCUCAACCGCAUCACCUCGGAAUCGGCACGGAACUACAUCCGUUCAUUGCCCCAGAUGAGGAAGAAGGACUUCAGACAAGUUUUCAGAGGAGCUAAUCCCCUUGCGGUGGAUCUUUUGGAGAAGAUGUUGGAGUUGGACAGUGAGCGGCGGGUGACAGCAGUGCAGGCGCUGGCACACCCAUACUUGGCUCAGUAUGCUGAUCCCUCAGAUGAACCUGACAGUGAGCCUUAUGAUCAGAGCUUUGAGGAUAUGGAAUUACCUACAGAAAAAUGGAAAGAACUGGUAUAUCAAGAGGUGACCAACUUCACUCCAAAGCCCACAGUUAUUGCUGAGGAGGCAGAGAAGGCUCAGUCUGCUGCCAAGUGAGAGAGGCAUCGCUGAGUGAAGAUUGUAUGCGGCUGCUACAUGCAAGGACUGUUUUUCAAGCGCUGAUAUAAGGUUAGCUUUACCCGUAAAUAUUAUGGGAUAUUACCAAUGGGUAAUUCCACAGGAUCAUUCUCAGGAGAGUAUUAAGUGUGAACAUUUUCUUGAGGGUACAAGAACUAUUCACUAAGAUUCUCUAUGUACUUCUGUGGUAUUUUAUUGUUAUUAUUAGGUAGAACAAUUGAUUUUCAAAUACUGUAUGAAACUUAAGAAUUUUAAAGUAGCCUUUACAGGCCUCCAAGUUGAUACUGUCAUUAUUUAGUGAAGCAAUGCCAUUUUUAAAGAGGAAUUUGACAAAUAUUGUUAUUGUGAAAUAGUAAACACUGCAAAUUUUCCAUUCACUUUUUCUCCCAGUAUCAUGUCAUAAAAUUUCAUGACAAAAUAGUGACACUCCUUUCAGUGAAGGGAAAAGCAAAGUAAAACACAUUUUUUUUUUGUAAGAAACUCACCGUUUUGAAUUAGCAAAAAAAAUCAUAUAGUAACUGAGUUUUCUUCUGUACUUUCCUGUCUGGUAUGUCACCGUACAGCGUGGCAGGACAUCAAAGGUACCGUGAGCUGCAGUUUAGGUAUCCCCGACUUAUCAUUGCCUGUUCUCACUGUCUCUUCAUUCAUAUUAUCAUCUGUAUUGUCAUACACCAUUCUUGUAAUCUAUAGAAUAGGUUAAAUUUUUAGAAGGGUUUAAAAGUGCAGGCUUUCUUACCUGGAUGUCCAGGUUGUUGAUUAUGAUAUUUCCCACAAGUUCCUAUGAAGCUUAUGUUUCUAGUACAGUAUGCAAGAUGUUGCAUGUAAUGAUAGCAUUCACCAGUAACUUUGUUUUCUAAGUUGUUUUCAUAGUCAUCAUAAUUAUAUUACUGACACUCGAGGAGACAGCAUGAAUGUUUGUGGCGUGCCAUGACUAAUUAGAAUGAUGUCAUGUCUUGUGUAGUGUGUAUUAGAUACAUUGUUGUUUGCCAGUUAUGGUAAAUCAGGUUUUAGUACUUAUAGAAUGAGAUGUGCACUAGAUAUCUUUUGUUAAACUUGUAAAUAAAUAAUGUAGGACGUUCCAAUAUAAAUAUGCACAUGCUGUAUGACUUGCCUGAGUUUUUUUUUAGUUACAAGAUGCUAUUACGUUCAUGCUUACAUCCGAGGGAAAAAGUAACGUAUGUGAGAGGUAUUUUGAAAUUCAGCAGUCACUUGUUUAUAACGAAAUGUAAACCCUUAGCCUGAUUAAUGGUCAUGUGAUGAAUAUGUAACCUUAACAAGUGCAGUGUAUGUAAAUGACUUCGAAUAUGGAUUGUUGUAUUGUAGGGAACACUCAGAGAUUUCAAGUACCUUACAUAAUGAUUUACUUGAAGAGAUCCUUAAAUUCCUCUUUACCUAAAUUAGGUUAUAUUAUUCAACCAUAAAUUAAAUUAUGUAGAAAAAAAUUUAUUUGAUUUCCUCGGCAACAAAUCUUAAUAAAAAAUUUUAUAUUAAUAAUCUGUAAAGUAGUUUUAGAGAUCUCAGAGAUGUUUAAAAAGCUGCCAUAGAGAUAUAUAAACUUUUCUUAUCAUUCAUUAAUCCCCUACUUACUGUAGAGGUAUCCCUCACUUAACGAUAGGGUUGUGUUGCUGAAAAAACCUAACCAACGAAAUUAUCGCAAAUCGAGGGAUAAAUGACAGGGGUGGGGCAGUACAUAUCAUGUAUAUGGCGGACGCAAUAGAUGGCGUGCGGGUAAACAUACUGUAAAUAAGGACAGUAGAAAUGUGCAAUCGGAGCACAAAAUCCCCAGAUUUCCCCCUUCCCAGUGAGUUAAGCUAUCGCUAAACCAAAUUUUGACUAACUAAGCGAGAAAGGGCGUCAAAAAUUUUUAUCAUUAAAACGAAUUAAUGCUAAACAAGGGAUACCUGUAUAUUGGUUGUAUUUAACAUUGUGAUUUUUUUUUAUUAUGGCGUAUAAUUUUUACAAUAGGUUACAUCAUGACUGUAGUUAAUGUAAUUAAUUAGAAUAUUUAGAAAAAUAGUCGAGAUCUUGAUCUUAAGUUAUGGUAGUACAGGUACAGUGUAUAUAUAACUGUUGGUAGUCUGUCACUAGAAAGUUUCCAAAUUAAGAUUAGAAUGAAUGCUGUUACAAUAAAAAAGGAAGACUUGAAAGCUGUUUCCAACUGAAGUACUAUACUGCAACUUUUGUCUAUCAGAUGUCUUUGCAUUCAAAACACUGUACACUAUUCUAUGAUACAGUACAGUACUGCAUUUUGGGUCUUGUUUUAACUUCACACAGGGCAGUUGGUCCAAUGACUCAUGCAAAAUAGAUUUCCCUACCCAGUGACCUAUGUGACAAAGUUUUGUGUUGUUAAGUGGGAAUUUUUAAGUGUGUUUUUGUUAAUAAUUUUAUAAAUCUCAACAAUAUAUGAGUAUUUCUAAGAAAACAAGAGAGAAGAUAAACUAAUACUUUAACAUAUGUAAAUAGAAUAUAAUUACAUGUAUACAGUAUAAGUUUUUCACAAUCAAAAACUCUGAAUUUAGAGAUGACUUUCAACUAUGCAAUAUCCCUUUCCUCCAACAUGGGAGAAGAAAUUAAAUAAGGAAACUCACUGGAGAUCCAUAAGGCUUAUAUAAAGGAUAUUGUGUAUAUAUAUUUUUUUCCAUAAGAUGAUUUGUGAUUUAUGCACAUGUCAAUAAUGUUUAUACUGUAGUGCUUCAAUUAUCACUUAUAGCCCUCUUCCCCCUCCCACACCGCCCUAGAUGCAGUAGAUAUUAAAUAUAAGAGUAAAAGUAAUUGAAGCAAAUUUCAUUCUUGUUAUUAAAACAGAAUGAGAUGUAAAACCAAGAAUUCAUUUUGUUAAAUAUUUAAUAAAUUUUGUAAAGAAAA